UAUAAGAGGAAAAAAAAACAUAUGAGUUUGUCGUAAUCAAUGGUUCCACCUUCCACGUAGACGGUUUGCGAUUAGUGCGAAGUCCGGUUUUUAUUCUACAUUGUUAUCGUGCAUCCAAUUUGAUGUAAUUCCUAUUCGUUUAAUAUAAUUUCCGUCGACAGUGAUCAAAUCAAUUGUGUGCUACUCAGUUGAAUAUCAUUUAAAUUUAAAACUUGAAUCGUUACGGUCUUUAGUACCAUCUAAAGAACAGUUAAACUAUCCGUUUCGUUGUUAAUUUUUAGGCGUUAUUGUAAACUCAUUUUUUAUAUUAAAUAUAAUAAUGGCGAAAAUCAGUGCUGGACCUGUCGUUGAUAUUUUGGGCGAUGAAAUGACACGUAUUAUUUGGGAUUUGAUCAAGGAAAAAUUAAUUUUACCAUUCUUGGACAUCGAACUUCACGUCUAUGAUUUGGGGAUGGAAAAUCGUGACUUGACAAACGAUCAAGUUACAUUAGAUUGUGCUGAAGCCGUAAAAAAGUACAAUGUUGGAAUCAAAUGUGCUACUAUUACACCAGAUGAAAAGAGAGUUGAAGAAUUCAAACUUAAAAAAAUGUGGAAAAGUCCUAAUGGUACCAUCAGAAAUGUUCUUGGUGGUACUGUGUUCAGAGAAGCUAUUGUAUGCAAAAACAUCCCUAGAUUGGUUACAGGAUGGGAAAAACCAAUAAUAAUUGGAAGACAUGCUCAUGCUGACCAAUACAAGGCUACAGAUUUUGUUGUUCCAGGAGCUGGCAAACUUACAUUAACAUGGACUUCUAAUGAUGGUAAUGAAAAAAUUGAAGAAGUUGUCAAUGAUUUCAAGGGUGCAGGAGUUGCAUUGGGAAUGUUCAAUACAGAUGCAUCUAUUAUAGAUUUUGCACAUUCUUCAUUGAAGUUUGCUCUAUCUAGGGAGCUUCCUUUAUAUCUAAGUACUAAAAAUACAAUCUUAAAAAAAUAUGAUGGUCGUUUCAAAGAUAUAUUUCAAGAAAUUUAUGAUACACAGUAUAAACCAUUGUAUGAAGCUAAAGGUAUUUGGUAUGAACACAGAUUAAUUGAUGAUAUGGUAGCAUAUGCCAUGAAAUCUGAAGGAGGAUUUGUUUGGGCUUGUAAAAAUUAUGAUGGUGAUGUUCAAUCUGAUUCUAUUGCCCAAGGGUAUGGAUCAUUGGGAUUGAUGACAUCUGUACUGAUUUGCCCUGACGGUAAGACUGUUGAAUCAGAAGCUGCCCAUGGUACUGUUACUAGACAUUAUCGUAUGCAUCAACAAGGUAAAGAAACAUCUACAAAUCCAAUUGCAUCUAUCUUUGCAUGGACUAGAGGAUUGUUGCAUAGAGCAAAAUUGGACAACAACAAACAAUUGGAAGAUUUUGCAAAUAAAUUGGAGGAAGUCUGCAUAGAAACUAUAGAAAGUGGGUUCAUGACUAAAGAUUUGGCUAUAUGCAUUAAAGGGAUGAAUGGUGUUCAACGAUCUGAUUAUUUGAAUACAUUUGAAUUUUUGGACAAAUUGGCUGCUAAUUUAAAACUUAAAUUAAAUCUCUCUUGCAAAUAGUAAUUAAUGGAAAUACAGAAGUAUAUAUUUAUGACUAUUUGUAUUUUAACAA